UCUCAGUUUGUCACAACAAUAAAAAUACAUUACAUAGAGAAAAUAAAAAUGGAGUGGAGUGGCAUUUUGGUGAUUUUGUCAGUUCUUUUUACAGUUUGUAUAGCAGAAGAGAAGGAACAUGUGUUAACAUUAGACCAUACAAAUUUCACUGACACUGUCUCCAAACACAACUUUAUUGUUGUUGAAUUUUAUGCACCCUGGUGUGGACACUGCAAGAAACUUGCCCCUGAGUAUGAAAAAGCUGCUUCAAUUUUGAGUAGUCAUGAUCCUCCAAUUGUUCUGGCUAAAAUAGAUGCAAGUGAUGAGGCAAAUAGAGGACUUGCAGAGGAAUAUAAGCUCCAAGGCUUCCCAACUAUUAAGAUCCUGAGGGAUGGAGCAAAGAAAGUUCAAGAUUACAACGGUCCUCGCGAAGCAGAUGGCAUUGUGGCUUAUUUGAAGAAACAAGCAGGCCCUCCAUCUCCUGAAAUUAAGUCGAAGGAAGAUGCUGCAAGGCUUGUCGACGAGAAAAAGAUCAUUGUUGUUGGUGUAUUUCCAGAACUCUCCGGAGAGAAAUUUGAGAAGUUUAUUACAUUAGCUGAAAAACUACGAGCUGAUUAUGAUUUUGCUCACACCGUUGAUGCCAAACUCCUCCCUCGGGGUGGACCGGUUGAUAAGCCAACCAUUCGUCUCCUUAAGCCAUUCGAUGAACUCUUUGUUGAUUUUGAGGAUUUUGACGUUGAUGCAGUGGAGAAGUUCAUUGCAGAUGCUAGUAUUCCGAUUGUCACUAUUUUUAACAAAGAUCCAGAAAACCAAGUUUAUGUUAGCAAAUUCUUUAAUGGUCCCAAUGCAAAGGCAUUGCUUUUCGUGAACUUUAGCACUGAGCUCGAUGCUUUUCAAUCCAAGUAUAAGGAUGUUGCGGCCCCUUACAAGGGGGACGGAUUGAGCUUUCUGUUGGGAGAUGUUGAGGCUGCUGCAGCUGCCUUCAAUUACUUCGGACUGAAGACCAAACAAGCACCUUUGAUCAUAAUAAUGGAGAAAGAUGGCGAAAAGUAUCUCAACGCACAUGUAAAACCUGAUGUUCUUGCUUCAUGGUUGAAGGAUUACAAGGACGGUAAAUUGAAGCCAUAUGUGAAAUCAGAACCAAUCCCUGAGGUUAACGACGAGCCAGUGAAGGUGGUUGUUAGGGACACUCUUCGAGACUUGGUUCUCAACUCGGGCAAAAAUGUAUUGCUAGAGUUCUAUGCACCUUGGUGUGGCCACUGUAAAUCACUAGCUCCAAUUUUGGAUGAAGUAGCUUUGUCAUACGAAAAAGAUUCCGAUGUUCUGAUUGCAAAACUUGAUGCAACUGCAAAUGACAUUCCUAAAGGUGAAUUCGACGUUAAAGGAUUCCCAACUUUGUACUUCAAAUCUGCUUCGGGUAAUUUAUCCCAGUAUAACAGCGAGAGAACAAAAGAAGCCAUCAUUGAAUUUAUUGAGAAGAAUCGUGAUAAGCCUGCUGCUCAGUCGGAAUCUGUGCAAGCUGAUUCCACCACAUCGGAAUCAGUAAAAACAGAUUCAGCAAAAGAUGAGCUAUAAGUGAGUUUUUGGGAUUGUUUGACUCCAUGGAGGACUCAAGUUUUGUUGUGGAUUUGCUGCUUUUUAUGUUAAUCUUUGAGUUUAGGUGCUUUUUGUAUUACAGUUAAAUGGUUGCAUCAUGUGCACCAUUUUAUGUAUCAGUCGUAGCUGAAUCUUGACUAUUAUUAAUAUCAAUUCACAAAUCCUCAACUCAG